CAUCGUUUCGUUGAGAAAAAAUGUUAAGAAGUUUUAACAAUAGUGAAUUAGGGAUGAUAGCACUUGCUUUUGAGGAAGAUGUCUAUUAGCGAAGAAAUCAUCGCAGAAUGUUGGUUCACGGCGCAUGAAAAAAAAGUGAUGUGUUGAAGGGGAAUCUUACUCACUCAUUCUACAUCCAAAGUGCAAUGAGACAAAGUUUUAUUUAAAACCAUAAAUUUUUCGUAAUAUAAAAUUGGCGAUUGUCAUUUCUCCAAUUUGUUCUUACAUGACGCUUCCGCUCCUCUUUGAUCUUUCUAAUUUAGACUUAGAUGUAGUAGGUUAACGUAAAUGUAAGGCUUUGUUGUUUUCUGCCUCGAUUGGUUCAAUUUUGUCGAUAACUUUGAUUAAAAACAAAAAAAUGACAAUGCUUACGAGAAUAAUUCCACCGAAUAGAAUGCUGAGUUUCGUUAAUAGAUUGUCAGAAGAGUCGCAUCUGUUGGCCGACUCAAUGCUCGCCUGGCAGGUCAAAGGUUUUGGCAAAUUGGAUAAAUUAGAGCUAGGACCAUAUCGGAGGCCGAUCUUGGCCAAACCGAAAGACGUUUUGGUCCAAGUGAAAGCAACAUCUGUGAACCCUAUAGACGUAGCGAUGUUAGGAGGAUAUGGAGUUGCUAUUUUGGAUCUGAUGAGAAAAUGUGAUCUGACAUCUGAUAAAUAUGAAAAUUUUCCAAUGAUUUUGGGACGAGAUUUCUCAGGAGAAGUGCUCACUAAAGGAACCGAUGUAAGAUCAGAUAUCAACAUUGGUGACAAAGUCUAUGGUGUUGUUCCAGUUCAUGCCCAGGGAUGCCAUUCAGAGUUAGUUAUUGCGGAUGAUGGAUUGAUUGCACAUAAACCAGAGCAUUUGAGUGAUGAAGAAUCUGCUGGUAUUAUGUAUGCCGCGAUGACAGCAUGGUCAGCUUUGAAAAUUACUGGUGAUUUAUUAAUAACAGGAGGAGAUAACAAACGAGCACUUGUUAUUGGUGGAUCGGGUGGUGUUGGAACAAUUGCAAUCCAAUUACUCAAAUCAUGGGGAGCUGAGGUUGUGACUACAUGUCAACCUGAUGCAAUUCCUGUUGUAGAAAAACUGAAACCUAAUCUUAUUGUUGAUUACACCCAAUCCAGUUGGUUAAAAGACCUUCAAUCCUGUGGAAAGUUUGAUUUAAUAUUGGACGCCUGUGGAAAUGUUACGCCUUCGGUUUUUAUCCCCUUGCUCUCACAGUGGAAUAACUCAAAAUUUAUCACUCUGAGAUCACCUCUUCUGAAAAACACUGACUCCUCUGGAAUAAUUGGAGGUAUGUUUCAAAACAUCGGAGAACUUUUGACAUCUAAUGUCUCCUCUGGUGCAAUAUCAAAAGGAAGCACAGUCAGGUGGGCUUACUUUUUGCCCGUACCGACUGCUGUCACUGAAAUUGCUAGUCUUGUGGCUAAGAAACAAAUAUCUCCAGUUGUUGAGAAGGUUUUUCCAUUUACAGACCUGCCUUCAGCUUAUAGUAGAGUAAAUGAAGGCCAUCUAAGAGGGAAAGUGAUAAUUUCUUUAAAAUAACUAGUCUGGCCAGUUUGAAUUAGGAUAGCUAAAAACUUGUGAUACUUAAAAUGUUUCCUUUUGUAUUUGUAAGUAAUGGUUGAUUCAAAUGUAAAUAAAUUUUUACUGCCUGAAACUUGCAAAUUGAAAUAAUUUGUGUGUGUUUAUAAACAUGACUCUUCAUGGAACCCUGUAUUUAAAAUAAAGAUACUAAGUGAAAAGUUUA